AACAUCCACAAACCACAACCAAAACAAAAUAUCAGUUGUACUAAAAAUGGCUGUUCACUUACUAAUUUCCGUUCUUAUUAUCUCAUUGGCUUCAUUUACAUAUGCUUCUGAUCCUGCCCCCCUACAGGAUUUCUGUGUUGCUGUUAAGGAUGCUGAAGCAAAAGUUUUUGUGAAUGGAAAGAUUUGCAAGGAUCCAAAUAUGGUUAGUGCCAAUGAUUUCUUCUUUCCUGGAUUGAACGUGCCUGGAAAUACAUCAAAUCCCCUUGGAUCAAAGGUCACCCCAGUGAAUGUCAACCAAUUACCAGGACUUAACACUCUUGGCAUCUCUUUAGUCCGUAUCGACUAUGCACCCUAUGGCCUCAACCCACCCCACACGCACCCUCGGGCUACUGAGGUUCUUGUUGUUGUGGAGGGUACUUUGUAUGUUGGAUUUGUUACUUCGAACCCUGCAGAUCCAAACAUAAAGAACAAACUCUUUACCAAGACUUUGUAUCCAGGAGACGUCUUUGUGUUUCCAGAAGGUCUCAUUCAUUUCCAGUUUAAUGUGGGAAAGACUAAUGCAGUUGUAUUUGCUGGUCUAAGCAGCCAAAACCCAGGAGUCAUCACAAUUGCAAAUGCAGUUUUUGGAUCCGACCCACCCAUUAAUAUAGAUGUUCUAACCAAGGCUUUCCAAGUUGACGCGAAUGUGAUUAAAUAUCUUCAAGGACAGUUCUGAUGGAACAUUGACUAGAAAAGAAAUAUCUAUAAUUAGUUUGCCAUCUUAAAAAUAUCUCGUUUGUUAUGAAGAAUAAAAAUGAAUAACUAAAUAAGUGUUGAGAUAUGUUUCUCUUGUAUGGUUUCUUGAUCACAAAGAUUUCUAAGGAAUAUAGUAUUUUCCAUGUAAUGUAACCUAUGUCCUCCUGAAGCAUAUUCUAUAUAAAUUCACAUGGAAUUAAUUUA